CGACUUGAUGCGAAGUGCUGCAUCGAUGACCUGCCACACCUCACCUUUCAAUAUGCAACGCUGCCUAAACGGUCGCGUUAUGUCGUGUCCUUUUUUGAGGCCACAUCCUCGCACCUUUUCCCUCGACUCUCUCCGUUUUUACUCAUGUUCGCCCUCGAAGAACCCAAGUCGAGAAAGCGACGACUGUCCUCACAAGAGCCUUGGGAUGUUGAGCCGGAAACGAUAGCAAAGAAACAGAAAUCCCUUUCGGAAUGCCGUGACGUCCCUCGUCAUCGUCGUCGUUCUCCCAGCUUUUGGGACACAUUGUCUAAGAUACGAUUGAGUCGCAGCUCUCUUCGAGAGUUUGAACGUAGGAACAUUGGAAAGAAGAUACAGUCACCUUAUACACCCACCACGAAGAUCGAAUAUCCCACAGGGCGUUCUCGCCUACGGCUCAAGAGAUUUGCUCGACGUGGUGGGCCUGACCUAUCACACCUUCGAGGGCUUGCCAACUUGCCUCCUCCGAUCCUCGACAAAAUGAGCGAUCAUGACAGUGCUCGAAGCGGGAAGCGGUCUUCAGCCUCCUCGAAACCAAGUGACUCUACCAAGACCACUACCACUAAGACCACCCCGUAUAGUGGCAAUUUUGAGCAAAAGUGUAUUGACAACGGUAUCUACCCCGAUGUAUAUGAGUACCUGGAUGGAAAUAUAUCACAAAACCCGACGAAUCUGGGUGACAUUCAGGCCGCACAACGCGUCCCUCGGGCAUCUCUCUCACCAUCGCGAUUCACUGACAAAGAUUUUGAAGCCUUUCGGCGGGCGAAUGCGAAGGCAAAAGGCGAGACUACGGGAAUGUGUACUGUAUUCCCUUUAAUCGCCGGAAAUGAGGCGACCCAUCAUUCCCAGAUGGGCCUGCCGUUGAGCAAGCUGGAAGCGUUCGACAAAGGUCUCAGCGACCCGAGGCCUGACGUCUAUCACGGAGCGGCACCCUCGAGCAUCCAUCCGCGGGUUCGUGCUGAUUUGGCAGAUUUUAUCAUUCCCUCAAAGGUCGACACGAGUCGUCCGGCCGCUCCGAACUUUUUCGUCGAGGGCAAAAGCGCUCAAGGACGAGCAGAUGUGGCAAAGCGACAGGCCCUGCUUGAUGGGGCUAUGGGGGCACGAGCCAUGCACCAGCUCCAGAAUUAUAAAGCUGCGGAGCCAAUAUAUGAUAACAGAGCACGCAGCUUUUCUGCUACCUAUCAAGACGGCAUUCUUCAGACCUAUGCGCACCACGUCACAAAGCCUCCCGCUCCUGGAGGGGACCCAGAGUAUCACAUGACCUUGAUAAGGGGGUUCGUUUUGACCAGCGACAGAGAAUCGUUCGUACAAGGCGCGACGGCCUACCGCAACACUCGAGACCUAGCAAAGGCAGAGCGUGUCAGUUCCAUUGCCCGCGCCAACCAGGAGGCUCGCACGACAAGCCGCACAUCCCAGUCAGCGGCCGCCGCUACCGAGUCGGACACCUCUGAAGACGAGCUGGCUCGUGACGAAGCGACCCCAGCUAAGCGCCUGAGGCCAAGUGCAGCUCUAUCCAUGAGCUACGGUUCUGCAACUGGACGAGAAGGUCGUCCUGCCUUCGGAGCCCCCAUGGCACCGCCCCAGAACAACAGGUCGAUGUCGUCCAGGCGCAGUGGGCGGCCUUCUGCGGAGAGGAGCACAUCAUAUUCAACUCCCAGCACACCGAAUGGAACGGACGGAUCAUCUGUGGAGAGACCUUCAGACCUCUCCAGGCAAUCUCCGAACAUGCAGGACUUGAGACGGAGCCGUCAAACACGCCCCAUGGUUGAAGUUACUUCAGAGCGGAUGCGGCAUGGAGAUGACUUGGGAUGGCGCAUCGAGCACGGCGAUAAGUCCAUCUUCGUGAAAGAUUCGCAAUGGACGAUUCGCCAGAAAGACGGAAGGCAGGCUCUUUACUGUGCUCGUCUCAAUGUCUUUAUGUAUCAGCCCAAUCUAAACAGAGGUAAAGCCACUAGGAAUUCCGUGGAGACGGGAAAGCAUUGAUGUCGACUAAGGCUAGCAUUUCUGCGCAUUUCUGUUUUUGUGGGUCCGGUUUCCUCUAUCCGACAUACGAGGUAGAUGAAGGGGAUUUGUUACAUGUUCUGGUAUACAAUAAGUGUAGCUGGCGUUGCACAAGGAUGC